CGGCCAUGGGGGUGCCCAAGUUCUACCGGUGGAUCUCGGAGCGGUAUCCCUGCCUCAGUCAGGUGCUGAAGGAGCAUCAGAUUCCAGAAUUUGACAACUUGUACCUGGACAUGAAUGGCAUAAUUCAUCAGUGUUCACACCCUAAUGAUGAUGAUGUUCACUUCAGAAUCUCUGAAGACAAGAUCUUUGCUGAUAUAUUUCACUACUUGGAAGUGCUGUUUCGUAUUAUUAAGCCAAGAAAGGUUUUCUUUAUGGCAGUUGAUGGAGUGGCUCCAAGAGCAAAAAUGAACCAACAACGUGGCAGGCGCUUUAGGUCAGCAAAGGAGGCAGAGGACAAAAUUAAAAAGGCAUUGGAAAAAGGAGAAGUUCUUCCCACAGAAGCCAGAUUUGAUUCCAAUUGCAUUACACCAGGGACUGAGUUCAUGGCCAAAUUGCACGAACAUCUGAAGUAUUUUGUAAACAUGAAGAUUUCUACAGACAAAUCUUGGCAAGGAGUAACUGUCUAUUUAUCAGGACACGAGACUCCAGGAGAAGGAGAACAUAAAAUUAUGGAAUUCAUUAGGUCAGAAAAAGCAAAACCUGACCAUGACCCAAAUACAAGGCACUGUCUGUAUGGUUUAGAUGCUGACUUGAUUAUGCUUGGACUAACAAGCCAUGAGCCGAAUUUCUCCCUUUUAAGAGAAGAGGUCCGAUUUGGUGGCAAAAAGUCACAAAGAGCAUGUGCUCCUGAAGAAACCACUUUUCAUCUUUUGCACUUGUCACUAAUGAGAGAAUAUAUUGACUAUGAAUUUUCACCAGUUAAAGACAAGCUCUCAUUUAAAUAUGAAGUUGAAAGCAUAAUAGAUGAUUGGAUCUUAAUGGGUUUUCUCGUUGGAAAUGAUUUUAUCCCUCAUCUACCUCAUUUGCAUAUUAACCAUGAUGCACUGCCAUUACUUUAUAGAACAUAUAUGGCUGUAUUGCCUGAACUUGGAGGUUACAUUAAUGAAAACGGGCACCUCAACUUACAGCGUUUUGAGAAGUACCUUACAAAAUUGUCAGAUUAUGAUCGUGAACAUUUCAGUGAAAUCUUUGUAGAUCUCAAGUGGUUUGAAAGCAAAGUGGGCAAUAAAUACCUGAACGAGGCUGCUGGCAUUGCAGCUGAAGAAUCAAAAAAGCAAAAGAAACGCAAGGCUCAGGAAAACGCCAUGUUCUUGGCUGCUUUAGAGAAAACUGACAAUGGGGUAAUAGCAGCUUCUAAAACUGUAUUAGAAGACGAACCAGAAGAUGAUGAUUUGUUCGAGACAGAAUUUAGGCAAUACAAAAGAACAUACUAUAUGACAAAGAUGGGUGUAGAAGUAGUUUCAGAUGCUUUUCUGGCUGAUCAGGCAGAAUGUUACAUCCAGGCAAUACAGUGGAUAUUACACUACUACUACCAUGGGGUUCAGUCAUGGAGCUGGUACUAUCCCUACCAUUAUGCACCUUACUUGUCAGAUAUCCGCAAUAUCAGUAAACUGAAGAUUCACUUUGAUUUAGAAAAACCAUUCAUGCCAUUUGAACAGCUUCUUGCAGUUCUUCCAGCAGCUAGUAAAGAUCUGCUACCUAAAUGCUACCAGCAUUUGAUGACCAGUGAAGACUCUCCCAUUAUUGAAUACUAUCCAACAGAAUUUAAAACUGAUCUAAAUGGAAAGCAACAAGAGUGGGAGGCUGUAGUGUUAAUCCCAUUUAUUAAUGAGAAGCAGUUGUUAGAAGCGAUGGAAUCUUGCAGCAUGUUAAUGACAGAAGAAGAAAGGCAAAGAAAUAGGCACAGCGAGUGCUUGAUGUACUUGUAUGACAGAGAUUCAGAGUUCCAAUAUUUAUCGCCGUGGCCAGAGAAGUUCCCUUCCGUAGAAAGAUGUCAUACAAGGCAUAAAGCUAUAUCUUUGGACACCUGGCAUGUAGAUAUAUCCCGUAAUAAAAUAACUAAAUUGGAUUUAGGAAAGCUGUAUUUCUGUGGCUUUCCUACUUUGAAGCACAUUAAACAUACGUUCUAUCAUAAAAAAAGCGGGGUACAAGUGUUUCAGCAGAGCAGCCAUGGAGAAAAUAUGCUGUUAAAAAUAACUGUUGAUGAAGAUUCAAAGGAACCGAGUGUAGAAAAUGUCACCAGUCUGGUGCUAGGGAAAUCAAUCUUUGUUAAUUGGCCACACCUGGAGGAAGCAAGAGCUGUUGCUGUAUCAGAUGGUGAAACAAAGUUUAGUUUGGAAGAGCCACCUGGAACACAGAAACUUUAUAUGGAAAAUGCUGUGCCACCAACUAAAGUAUCAUAUGUUGGAGACAAAGAGCGGAAUAUAUGGAUAAAAGAAAUCCAGGGGAUCUCAGAACACUACCAGAGAAGAAAAGGUGUAAUUAUAAAUGAUACCUCUGUAAUUGUAUAUGCUCAGUUACUGACUGGGCGUAGAUACCAGUUGAAUCAAGGUGGCAAAGUAUGUUUGGAAAAACAGUGGUCCAAGCAAGUUCUGCCUUUUGCAUACCAAACAAUUGUCAAGGAUAUAAAAGCUUUCGAUUCGUCCUUCUCUAAGAUCAAAACUUUGGAUGACCUAUUCCCUCUUGGCUGUACCGUCUUCAUGCUGGGAACACCUUACUACGGCUGCACAGGAGAAGUUCAAGAUUCAUGUGAUGUGAUCUCAGAAGGUAGAAUUCGUGUUGUUUUCAGUAUUCCAUGUGAACCUCCGCUGGAUGCCUUAAUACAGAAUCAGCAUAAAUAUUCUGUGAAGUACAAUCCUGGAUAUGUUUUGGCUUCUCGUCUUGGUGUGAGUGGCUAUCUUGUGUCUAGGUUUACAGGAAGCAUUUUUAUUGGACGAGGAUCUAGGAAAAAUCCACAUGGAGACCAUAAAGCAAAUGUGGGAUUGAACCUAAAAUUCAAUAAAAAGAAUGAAGAAGUUCCUGGGUAUACAAAGAAAGUUGGAAAUGAGUGGAUGUAUUCUUCUGCAGUAGAACAACUCCUUGCUGAAUAUUUAGAAAGGGUCCCAGAACUUUUCAGCUACAUAGCAAAAAACGGUCAAGAAGAUAUAUUCUAUGAAGAUGAUAUUUGGCCUGGUGAAGAAGAGAAUGGUGCCGAGAAAGUUCAAGAAAUCGUUGCAUGGCUAAAGGCUCAUCCUGUUAGUACUCUUUCUCGAUCUUCUUGCGAUUUACAAAUUCUGGAUGCUGCUAUUGUUGAGAAGAUUGAAGAAGAAAUAGAAAAGUGCAAGCAAAGAAAAAGUAAUAAGAAAGUACGUGUUACCGUGAAACCCCACUUAUUAUACAGACCUUUAGAACAGCAGCAUGGAACAGUACCAGACCGAGAUGCAGAAUAUCGACUGUUUGACCGUGUUGUGAAUGUGAGAGAGGGCUUUUCAGUUCCCGUUGGUCUUCGUGGUACCAUAAUUGGAAUUAAAGGAGCUAGCAGAGAAUCGGAUGUGCUGUAUGAAGUAUUGUUUGAUGAAGCAUUUCACGGAGGCUUAACAAUUAGGUGCUCACUUGCCAGAGGGUACCGCAUGCCAGCCAGUGCCUUAAUUAAUCUUUCUCAUGGCCAUCGGUCUGAAACAGGAAACCAGAAGCUAACAGCCAUAGUCAAACCCCAACCAGCUGUGAGUCCCUACCGGUCAUGUUCACCUGAAUCAUUUUCUGUGUCUUCACAAAAAGCACAUCUAGGAGGCCUCAACCAUUCCCCUCGUUCCCUUUUUGUUCCAACUCGACAGUUGAAUGGACGGCAGCAAAACAGUCUCAAGUCUGAAAAUCAGAACCCCAGUUCUCUCCAGAAAGGAUCCUAUUUAGGUGGCAAUCAGAAAUAUAAAGCUCACAGUAAACAAGAUGAUGAAUUUUGCAGUAUUUGGCAAUCAUUGCAAAGCUCGGGAAAGUCUCAGCCUACCCAGCAAAGUAGACAUGAGAAGAGUGGAAUUGUGCCUCAAUAUAUAAAGUUAAAUGCAGGCGGCCAGUUCUGUAAACCAGGCUUCAAUGAGAGUAGCUUCAAAGGCCAGCAAAGAAAACAAGAGUCAUUUAAAAAGUCCAAAGAAGAUCCUAAAUGUCCAAGAAAUGAAGGUCAAUCACAUAAAAUAACAAAUAAACCAAAUGGGUCUGAACUCGAAAGCCUUUUGGCAACUUUGAAAAUUUCCAAAGAAAAGGAAGUGCAAUCAACUUAUUCCAAGGAGGCAUCAAAUGAAGAGCAUCUGUCUCCUCAGUCUUUUGCUAUGAAAGGAACUCAAAUGCUCAAAGAAAUUUUGAAGAUAGAUAGUUCUGACACAGCAGAAACUAAGACAGUGAUUAAUGAAGCUUCUACUUCCACUUGUAAGCAGGAUUCUUAUGGACCUGCCCCACAACAGAGGCAUACAAAAAAGAUGGCUGCUUUCAUGAACAAAUCCCCAGUCACAGGAGGGCCUCAGAACCCACAAGCUAUGGAAGCUGGAGGCCCUCCUCUUUUUGGACCUCCAGGCUCGCUAUCUACACCGGCGUCGGAGCUUUCUCGUAUCUGUUCUCUUGUUGGAAUGCUGCAACCAGAGUUCUCAUUCCUCAGAACUCCACAGACAAUGACAGUUUGUCAGGUAAAGCUAUCAAAUGGCUUAUUAAUACAUGGACCUCAGUGUCAUUCUGAAAAUGAAGCCAAAGAGAAAGCUGCACUUUUUGCUUUACAACAGUUGAGCUCUAUUGGGAUGAACUUCCCUUUGCCUCCACCUCCAGUAUUUCCAAAUUAUCAACAGAUGGGAGCCCUUAUGCCACCUGGAUCCAUUCCUCCAGUCUUCACUCAGCAUGCUGCUAAUAUAUUUCCUUCACCAUCUCAUGCAUUUGGCCCAGUUCCAUGGGGAGCACCAUUGCCUGUUCAUGGCAAACCUUAUUAUCCUGGCUCAUGUCCUGGCAAUUUGCCAGUAGCAGGAACUGGUCCAGUUGGUGCACACAACCAGUUUAUACCUUUGCAGGUAACUAAAAAAAGGGCUGCUAGCAAGAUGCAUUUUGACUCUAAGGACUUCUCAGGUACACUUCAAGAUGUGCAAUUAAAGAAUGAACAGCCAAUGUCUUCUGACAGCACAAAACUAAAUCCACAGGAUGCUGCUUCAGAUCCUUUAAGAUGUUCUCAAGCUGCUCACCCCAUAGUUUUUCAAGAGAAAAUGGCUUCUUCAAGUCCCAGUGCAUCUCAUAAAAAAUCAACGCCAAAUGUUUCCGCCAAGCGAAAGCCAAGAAAAUUAGCUGUCAAUUUUGGUGUAUCCAAAUCUUCAGAAUAAGUAUGGAAGAUUAAUGAUUUU